AUGGAUAAGAAUGUGAUGUAUGGAACUGGUGCUUUUAUAGAAAAGAUUUAUAUGGGUAGACAUAAAACUGAGAAGAAAGAAUUUGAAGAGUUUUUAAAUGUACUUAAUGAAAGUCUCUUUAGUCAUGAUAAGUAUCAUGUUUUAAAUCAUAAUUGUAACCACUUUACAAACUUUCUUUCUAAUCACUUCUUUAAGAGAGACAUUCCUAAAAAAAUUUUAGAAUUAGCUGAAAAAGGAAAAGACAGUAAGAUAGUUGGUUUUAUAUUCAAUAACAAGUCUCAGUUUAACCAAUAA